UUAAGCAGCAGCCGGUAGCGCCGGGAAAGAGACGGACAGUUGGAGUGCCUUGGCGAAUCUGAGUCCGCCGCAGCCGGAGAGCGGCUGUAGCAGCCGCCACCGGGAAGGAGGGGGCGAGGCGAGCCCGGGGCCACCAGAGCCGCUAGCUCCAACUGAGCCGCGGGCGAGGACAGCAGCGCGGAGCUGGGCCGGGGCCGGGGGGCGCGGGCCGCAGGCCCCUUGCUCCGGCCGCCGCUUGCAGACAGUGGGCUUUCGAUGCUACCCGCGGCGCGCUAGGGUGAGCCUCCGGCCAGGCGAGCAGUCGCCGCCGCAGCCGCCGCCACCGGAGCGGCGGGCAGGAGUCUCGGGAGCCGCCGCCGCCCGGUCAGGCUCCACCGCCGCCCGCGCGCUCCCGGGCCCCCGACACACAUGAGAUUCUUCAGGCUCACUUUCAAGUGUUUCGUGGACUGCUUCUGACUGCGCCGCCCCCGCCGUCCCGCACCCCGCCCGCCCGCCGCCUCGUCCCCCGGCCCGGCCGCCCCCGAGGCCCCCGGGCGGGCCCGUGCUUUCGGGGCCCUCUCUCCAGGUGCCGCCGAAGCCCCUUGCCCGCCCGCCACCCUCAAGGCGCCGCGACCCCCGGCCCGGCCUCGCGGCCCCAGGGACCAUGGCGAAGAAGAGCGCCGAGAACGGUAUCUAUAGUGUGUCUGGUGACGAAAAGAAGGGUCCUCUCAUCGUGCCCGGGCCCGACGGUGCCCCAGCCAAGGGCGAUGGCCCCACGGGCCUUGGGCCGCCCGGCGCCCGCCUUGCCGUGCCACCACGAGAGACCUGGACACGCCAGAUGGACUUCAUCAUGUCGUGCGUGGGCUUCGCCGUGGGCCUGGGGAACGUGUGGCGCUUCCCCUACCUGUGCUACAAGAACGGUGGAGGUGUGUUCCUUAUUCCCUACGUCCUGAUUGCCCUGGUUGGAGGAAUCCCCAUUUUCUUCCUGGAAAUCUCACUGGGCCAGUUCAUGAAGGCCGGCAGCAUCAAUGUCUGGAACAUCUGCCCUCUAUUCAAAGGCCUGGGCUAUGCCUCCAUGGUGAUUGUCUUCUACUGCAACACCUACUACAUCAUGGUGCUGGCCUGGGGCUUCUAUUACCUGGUCAAGUCAUUCACUACCACUUUGCCCUGGGCCACAUGUGGCCACACCUGGAACACUCCUGACUGUGUGGAGAUCUUUCGCCAUGAAGACUGUGCCAAUGCCAGCCUAGCCAACCUCACAUGUGACCAGCUUGCUGACCGUCGAUCGCCUGUCAUCGAGUUCUGGGAGAACAAAGUCUUGAGGCUCUCUACGGGGCUGGAGGUGCCAGGGGCCCUCAACUGGGAGGUGACCCUGUGCCUGCUGGCCUGCUGGGUGCUGGUCUACUUCUGUGUGUGGAAAGGGGUCAAGUCAACAGGAAAGAUCGUGUACUUCACUGCUACAUUCCCCUACGUGGUCCUUGUCGUGCUGCUCGUGCGAGGGGUGCUGCUGCCUGGAGCCCUGGAUGGCAUCAUCUACUAUCUCAAACCUGACUGGUCGAAGCUGGGGUCCCCUCAGGUAUGGAUAGAUGCCGGGACCCAGAUUUUCUUCUCUUAUGCCAUCGGCCUGGGGGCCCUCACAGCCCUAGGCAGCUACAAUCGCUUCAACAACAACUGCUACAAGGACGCCAUCAUCCUGGCACUCAUCAACAGUGGGACUAGCUUCUUUGCUGGGUUUGUGGUCUUCUCCAUCCUGGGCUUUAUGGCCACAGAGCAGGGUGUGCACAUCUCCAAGGUGGCAGAAUCAGGGCCUGGUCUAGCCUUCAUUGCCUACCCACGGGCUGUCACACUGAUGCCUGUGGCCCCACUCUGGGCUGCCUUGUUCUUCUUCAUGCUGCUGCUGCUCGGUCUGGACAGCCAGUUUGUAGGUGUGGAGGGCUUCAUCACCGGGCUACUGGAUCUCCUCCCGGCCUCCUACUACUUCCGUUUCCAAAGGGAGAUCUCCGUGGCUCUCUGCUGUGUCCUCUGUUUUGUCAUCGAUCUCUCCAUGGUGACUGAUGGCGGCAUGUACGUCUUCCAGCUCUUUGACUACUACUCAGCUAGUGGCACUACCCUGCUGUGGCAAGCCUUUUGGGAGUGUGUGGUGGUAGCUUGGGUUUACGGAGCUGACCGCUUCAUGGAUGACAUUGCCUGUAUGAUUGGGUACCGACCUUGCCCCUGGAUGAAAUGGUGCUGGUCCUUUUUCACCCCAUUGGUCUGCAUGGGCAUCUUCAUCUUCAAUAUUGUAUACUACGAACCACUGGUCUACAACAAUACUUACGUGUACCCAUGGUGGGGCGAAGCCAUUGGCUGGGCCUUUGCACUCUCUUCCAUGCUGUGUGUGCCCCUCCACCUCCUGGGCUGUCUCCUCAGGGCAAAAGGAACCAUGGCAGAGCGCUGGCAGCACUUGACCCAGCCUAUCUGGGGCCUCCACCACUUGGAAUACAGAGCUCAGGAUGCAGAUGUCAGGGGCCUGACCACCCUGACUCCAGUGUCUGAAAGCAGCAAGGUUGUCGUGGUGGAGAGUGUCAUGUAAUAGGCAUCCCAGCUCACAUCACCAGCUCAUCCUUUGGUAGCCAUAGCAGCCCCUGCUUUAGCCUCUACCCAUCCCACCAGGGGGCUUGCCUUUCCUUGACAGUUCGGGGGUCUGCCUGGGGGGGGAAGGGGAGGAAGCACCAUGAGUGCUAACAAAAAUAACUUUUUCCAUUUUUAAUAAUAAAACGCCAAAAAUAUCACAACCCACCAAAAAUAGAUGCCUCUCCUCCCCAGCCCCCAGCCACGCUGGUACUUGACGUUGCUUCCAGGUCCCACCUCCUGUCCUUCCUCUCAGUUCCCAGGACCCACCUCCUAGCCCUGCCAGCCCCGCCUGCCUGCCUCCUAAGCUCUGCUCUGUACCACACCUUCACCCUGCAAACUACAGUGGCAGCUUGGGGAACAGGAGAGGAGGGAAAGAAUAAGGUGGGACAGGAGGGUAGGCAAGAGAGGGACAGUGGAAACAAGGCAAAUGUUUCAGCUGGAUUAGACCCCUCUUCCCACCCCUAGUCUAGAAGCUAGAGAGCCAGUCAGCAAUGGAACCUUGUGUUCUUGCGCCAAUUGCCACCAAUAUUAAUUAACUGUAUGAGCUUGGGUCUGAAUGUGUGUGUGUGUGUGUGUGUCUGUGCACGCAUGUGCGUGUAUAGAAGAUGUAUAGGUCUCUUAUCUUUUAGUGAAGGUGAAUACCAGAAGUUAAACAGAGCCUCUGGGCAAAGGAGGCUUGUAUUUUGCACAUUUUAUAAGAAAAAAAAAACUGAGAGUGAGACUUCUGCUUGUAUAUUUCUAAAAAGCCCCAACCACCCCCACCUUACCACUCCUCUCCUUCACAUCCCCACCUUUCUUCUCUGACCCUAGCCAAGGAGUGUGAAUUUAUACUUAACUUUCAUAGGCAAAACAAAAGCUUCAGGCUGUUGACUAUGUGAGUCUGUUGUAUGGAUGUUUUGUAUGGUCUCCAGCUGAGACUGGAGUGGGUAAGUGGGAGCCUCAAGGGCAUCCCCACACUAUCCUUUGCCCCUAAGCCUAUGGGGUAAAAGGCUACAGCAUUGUCCCAGGGAUCUGGGUCUGCUCACCUGGCAUGCUCAGGCUUGCCCACACCCUGUUCCUGGGCUGGGUAUGAUUGCAGGGAUCGCCCAAGGAAGGGAUCCUGGGCACAGCUCCCACCUCUGAGCUAAAGGCUGAUGUACUUUUGACAUCUCAAGUCUUCCGUAGCAGCUUUUAAACUCACAUCUAUGUCCUGUCAAGCCUGAAAUAGCCAAGUAGCCCCUAGAAAGGCUUCCUUCACACAGGGCUAGACUAAGCCAGGGAGAUGGGGCUGGGUAAGAGUACAGGCCUUUGGGGACAUUCUUACUGUGCUAAAAAAGCCACUGCAAACAUAGCAAUAAAAACACUUCAUUUUCCAAGACUGGCUCCUGCU